UUUAUUUUGCCGUUAUAGAAAAUAUUGAUAAAUGCAAACUUGGGAUGCUCAUGUGCCAAAACUGCGUCAAACGUACAAGAAAAAAGAAACUUUGUGACUGGAUAAAAGAUAAAAUAACGACACCAAAAUCGACAGGAUUACAUACUCUAGAAGGACAUAAGGAGCCGUAUGUCGAUCAUUACAUUAAAAUUGACUCUAACACGGAGUUCAUUGAAGACAUUAUUUUAAAAGAACGUAUCUCAUCAUUAGAAAAAAACGAUGAAGAAAUUAAAAAACGUAUGGAAGUAUUAUGUUUUACCAAAAGAAGAUUUGAAAUUUACGGCAGUCGAAGAGACAAGAUAAUAAACCCCCAGAAUGCUGGUAAGAUCUCAUGUCACAAAGUUUUGCGAAAAAUGCCUAUGAUGUCAUGGGAUGCCUUUAACAAUGUGAUCUUUCCAUGUUCCAUAUUGAUAUACAACAUAGCAGACUGUGAGAAAGAAAGAGUAGAAGCUCGAUAUGUUGUGAAUAGUGAGUUUUUAAUAUCAUUCAAUAUUUUUUAA